AUGGGCAGCAUCUCCCAACCCAUCUCUCCAGAGUCCCCCAACCGCCUCCCCGCGCUGUCCGGUUCAACACCAUCCCACCAGGGUUCUGCGCGUGCUGCCAACCCAUCCUGGCCACCUUCUACGUCGCCGUUCGAGCCACGCGACGCUGCUGGAACGCUGCGCCGCACAUUUCCUCCUUCCUCGUCCAUCGCUCCCAACCUGACUCCCCCCAGGCAGGAGACAACCUCCGGCAACUUUUCUCUACUGCAUCCUGAACACGACAAGACGACCAAUUCGGGCCACGAGUGGCUGUUUGCGCGAGACUCGCAAGAACUCGGCCCAUCCUGCUCCUCUUCCAACUUGCAGUUAUCCAGGAUGCAGACUACCCGCGACUCGCAGCACCAGUUGUACAACAUGCUUCCCAACGCGGUGGCUGGUCCUUCAUCGUCCGGGCCCCCAUUUCAGGCCCCGCCGCCUGAACCAUACGGAGGCGGCAACAUAGACUUCCAGUGGAUGGCAAACCCCAACGUCUACCCACCGCCAUUGUUCCCCGGAUACAACACCAACCCAAUGAGUGGUGACCCCAACAGCCGCGCGGACAGUGAGACAAUGGCCCAGGUCGGCGCUGCCGACUACACCAACGCCCUCAACAUUUUCCGUCAUUUGCAAGCGGCUCUCCCUCACAUCCGCCCUGCAAGCGCACUUGGACCACCUGCGACGGGCCAAAACUUCAGCUCACUAUUGGACAUUGCGCACACGGCUUCGGACAUGCUCGAGGGCAAGACGCCGAAACCCGCACCAGUGCGCCAGCGCACACAUCCACGCGAGCCCUUGGAACCGCGGUUCCAGGGUGGCAAACGUGCGCGCGUCGACACUUACUGCCGCGGAUGCGGCGCGACUGAGACACCAGAGUGGCGGCGUGGGCCUCUAGGUCCGCGCACUCUGUGUAACGCCUGCGGUCUCGUGCACAUGAAGAUGCAGCGCAAGAAGAAGAAGAAAGCGGAAGAAAGGGCCGUGCAAGAGAACGCUGGGCAACCUCCGCCCCUAUAG